AUGGACUACAUGGUUACACUGCCACCGCGUCAACGGUGCAGUCAAAUUUCAUGUUCAAUAUUCGGAACCUUAAAGAGUGGAGCAUACGGUGACGGUGUUCUCAGGGAAGUGAUCGGCAGUGGCAGCCUCACGCGUCCGGCCUUAGUCAAAGCCAGUCAGCCAGUGGAACUGGAAGGCAGUCUCUCUUUCUGUGAAGCAGUGAUGCUAGCAAUGAAGGAGGCGGACCACGUGACCGCCAUACGCCCCAGCCGCCGCAGUAAGCGACACUCUAGCAUAAUGGACUCGAAAGACUCUCCAAGACGCGGACGAACUCGCGAGCAAUAG